UCUUUGAAAAUCUUCAUAACACAACAAGUGUUUUUGUAGACAACAUCAGCUACAAACCGAAAAAUAUGUUUCGUCAAUUAUGUUUUUACCCUACUUUACGACGACUAAAACACAACAAUUAUUUCAAUUCGACUUUAAAAGCUUGAUAAUUAUCUACUACGUAUACACAUUCAAUGAUGAAAAAAAUAAAAACACCGGUGUUAGCAAUGUCACUACAUGACAAUAUAAGUGACGAUGUAUUCGAAAGCAUUGAAGAGGCUGAAGUUAACCAAAACACCAAAAAUCUAUCUACUACAGACCCGAAUUAUGAUAAAACGCCUUCGACGACUGGGUACAGCGAUUAUAAACUACCAAGUACCACAAGUAAACCUUCGGAUCCAUCCUUAAAAAUUGUACACAAGACUAUUUUAUUAGGUGACAGUGGAGUGGGGAAAACAUCACUUUUGGUCAAAUUUGACACUGGAAAAUUUCAGACUGGCAACUUUUCUGCUACCGUUGGUAUAGGUUUUACAAAAACACUUUUUCGGUAGAAAAAUGCUCUAAUCAUCAACUUUGAGUCAGGUUACUAUUGGCAAAUUUAUCUAGUUACCAAACAUGCAGUUAGACCAGCAUUGCUAAGAAUCGAUUUUCAUCGUAUACAAUGGUUUAUUAUUGAAUUCAAAUUUAACACAUCUAUUUUCUAUUCAAUGACUGAGGUCUGAGGGUACAUCAAAAAGCGAUUAUUUAUGCUUGACAGCUUUUUUAUUUUUAAAUGUUUGUUAUAUAUUUUUUUUUUAUUAUUGUA